AUGUGGAGGAAAAAAUCUUUUAUCUGGAUUAUAUUAUUGUUAGUGACACUCGUGAGAUUUGGAUACGGUAAUACGUCAGGAUUGCCCACAUACUAUUUCGUAGCUGGAGAAAAAGCCGAACUCCCAUGUGACUUGAAUGUCAGCUCAACGGAAGACGAAGUUUCUUUGGUACUUUGGCACAGAGAUGAAUCAGGAAGUCCUCUAUACAGUGUUGACGCCAGGGAUCUUCCUCUCCCAACCGCCACCCAUUUUCCAGCUGUCCACAUGGAAACCAGGGCGUAUUUCAAUUCGUCAGCUGUUCCCGCCUUCCUCAGAAUUGAUGGAAUACAGAAGGAAGACGAAGGAGUUUAUCGGUGUAGAGUAGAAUACAGAAGAGCAAGGACGGAGACUAUGGAAUUGAUGCUAUUUGUGAUAGUUCCUCCAAGUGAAGCAAUUAUAAUGGAUGAAUUUGGACAGCAUUUGCAUGGGAUAAUCGGGCCUUACAAUGAGGAUCAACCUGUUUCCUUAAUCUGUGAGGGAGAGGGAGGUGAGCCUUCACCAUCAGUAAGGUGGCUUAAAGGUAAUGAGCUUAUCGAUGACACAUUUUUUCUAACUCCUCAAGGAUUUGCAAGAAAUGAAGUCCAACUACCAAAUCUUCACCGAAAAGAUUUGUUGACAAAUCUAACAUGUGAAGUGUACAACAACAACUUAACAUCACCAGUCACUAGCACUGUUAGCUUAGAUAUGAACUUAAGACCAACAGAUGUUCGAAUUACAAGUCCUUACCAACCAUUAUCAGCUGGGAAAGACACGGAUAUAGUUUGUGUUGCCAGAGGUGCUCGUCCACCUGCUCAAAUAUCUUGGUGGCUUGACGGUGAAAAACUGACUACAACUGUGACAGAAAGCACAGCUGAAGAAGAUAACUUGACAAUCAGUAGCUUAAAUUUAAGACCUACUAUUCAAGACAAUCACAGAAAUCUCUCCUGCCGAGGAGACAACCCACAGCUUACUGAUAGUGUGAUAGAAGACACGUGGCUCAUAAAUGUGCACUAUCUACCCCAAUUGACUGUGAAAAUAAAUGUUCCAUUACCAGUAACUGAAAAAGAUUCCGUAGCCAUGACAUGUGAUGUGCAAGCACACCCACCUAUAACAGAACUUGAAUGGUUAAUUGAUGGGCGAUCAUUAGGGCCUCCAGCAAAAGCGAAUUUUUCAAAUAGGAUUUUUCAAAUUCCGUCAGUCGGGCCAGAGAACAAAGGAGUAUAUCAAUGUGCGGGUACAAAUAGCGAAGGAAGAUCAAUGAGUGAACCGAUUCAUCUUGAUAUCUUUUAUGCACCUCGUUGUGAAUCUGUAAGAAGUAGUGUCUACGGUGUUGGAAGAACAGAAUCAGUUAGUGUUACAUGCGCUGUAGAUGCAAAUCCAACUAAAGUUAACUUUUCUUGGAUUCUCAGCAAUCCCGAUAAAAGUUCACCUUUACCAGCUGCUUUUUAUACAAGUAACGGCACUAAAAGCAUUGCAACUGUGUCUCCAAGAGCUCCUGAGGACUACGGUGUACUACAAUGCUGGGCUUCCAACAAUGUAGGGCCUCAGAAAGAGCCCUGCUCUUUUCGCAUUAUACCUGCAGGUGUGCCAGAUGAGCCAAGAAACUGCCUGGUGACAAACAGAACAUCAGAUUGCAUUGUUGUUGACUGUGAUAGGGGUGAAGAUGGUGGAUUACAACAAGUAUUUCAAUUGGAAGUAAUGAACAUAAACUCUAAUAAGUUCAUUGCGAAUCUCACAUCCCGAAGCUCACCGAACUUUAAUGUGUGUUCCUUACCCGCCAAAGAAUCUUUUAUUUUUGUUGUUUAUUCCGUAAACAGCAAAGGCAGGAGCAAACCUGUCACAGUUCGCUCAAGUACUCUAGAAUACCUUUCAACAAAUGAAGAUUUGACCGAUCAAACAGAUAUUCUCACCGCUGUAUUUGGAAUUGUUAUCGGAGCCUUGUUUAUUGUGGCACUUCUUAUAGUAGUCAUCGCAUUUUCAAUCAAAAUACGUUCAAGGAGAUGUGUUAAAGAUCAGCCAUAUCAAAAGGAACAUGAGAAAUGUGACACUUAUUUGAUGAAAGACUGCAAAGAGUCAUGCAUACCAAAUAACCAAGGCCCAGAUAUUAUUCCAGAAAAGAGCUUUUUACAAGAUAGAUCUGAGGAUAAAAUUAAAUCGUGUGAGUUAGAUGAUGACGGAAAUUUGUCCACAGUUUUAAGUGAUAAAAGUUUACGAAAGUAUAGUGAAUAUCAAGGUGUCACAUAUUCAGAUGAUUCAGAGCUUAUAUCAACUCCAAAGAAACUACGUCUUUUACAAGAGAUAGACGGAGAUAUAGUAGAAGAUAAUGGGAUAACAAUAGAAACGCCGCUGAUAUCAAGUAUUCCUACAACUUUGCAGCAAUGGAGUGAUCAAAGGAGCGAAAGUCUACGGUUGUCAACACCAGUUUGAAAAAUAACCAAUCUUCAGUUCCAAAAAAUAAGAAAAACUAGUUCAAACAUUGUUAAAGAGCUCAAAUUCGUAUUGAUGUUUUGCCUUCGACAUUCCAUUGCCAUCAUGUGAUUCAUUAAAAUAAUUUACUGUACAGUUGCAAAUGCAGAAGAGCAAGCUUACUUAUGUUGAGUACAGAGAUUGUGCAUCAUUCAAUGAUCCAAGUAAUGCGUCAAUACAUAACCCAAUCUUUUAAACAAUUAUUAUUAAAAACAGUAUUUUGAGAACUAGUUAUACUAUGUCAUAAAACUUGUUAUUUCUAGCCAAAUACUUCUCUUAUUUUAUUUCUCUAUACGGGAAAAAUUUAACUUUGACAUAAAAGCUAUUCUACUUCAUUCGUUUACUUGAAAUGAGAGGUAUAUACUAUGCAGGAAUUAAUGUAAAAUAAUUUUAAGAAAAAUGUAUACUCUAAAAGUCUAUCUAGUUUAUAUGUUUCAAGAAAAAAAAUACAUAUUGUUUCUUUGAAAAGUUUUUAAUUUUUAAUUUUUUUUUAUUUUUCAUCUAAU